CAUCGCCGGAAGUCUCCGUGGGCCGGUGCCCGGCGUUCCUCGCCCGCCAGGUCCGUCCUGCUUCCCAGUGCCUCGGGCCUCCCGGGGCUGGUGCUGGGCGCCGAGCCGGCAGAGCUGGCGGAACCGCUUCCUGCCUCCAGAGGGCAGCGGCCGCGGCCUAGUCCCUUCACGGGCAGCUCGGUGCCGUCGGCCCCACAGCUCUUCCUUAUCGCCGGGAGUGGCUGGCCGACCAGUGGGCGGCCGGGCCAGCCUCCGCCAUUCCCGUGUCUCUGCGCCCGCGGGGGCCGCCCGAGCCGGCCACCAUGCCGCUGGGCCUGAAGCCCACCUGCAGCGUCUGCAAGACCACGUCGUCCUCCAUGUGGAAGAAGGGCGCGCAGGGGGAGAUCCUCUGCCAUCACUGCACUGGCCGGGGCGGCGCGGGCGGCGGGGCUGCCGGCUCGGGGGCGGCCGGAGGGACUGGGGGCAGCAGCGGCGGCGGCGGCUUCGGCGCGGCGAACUUUGCCAGCACCUCCGCCGCCCCUCCGCAGAGCAACGGGGGCGGGGGCGGCAAGCAGAGUAAGCAGGAAAUUCACAGGAGGUCUGCUCGGCUCAGAAACACUAAAUACAAAUCUGCUCCGGCUGCUGAAAAGAAAGUUUCCACCAAAGGAAAAGGGAGAAGACAUAUAUUUAAAUUGAAAAAUCCCAUCAAAGCUCCUGAGUCAGUUUCCACCAUAGUCACCGCAGAAUCAAUCUUCUACAAGGUGUGAAAGCAGAGUCUGGGAGAUGUUUUGGAUUCAUAUUCAUUCAGCAUACAUUUGAGUGCCUAUGAUAAGUAUUCUCAUUUAGAAUUUGGGAAUACUAGUUAUACAUGUUGACAAAGCAAACCAUAAAUGCAAACUAUUUAUAUGAUAAAUAACUUUGGACUAGUGGCUGGGAGGAAGGACCAGCUGUUGAUGGGUAGGAACUAGCAAGUAGCAGACUGGCCUGCAUAGACCAGACCCAUCCAUCGUGACACAGGUGCAACAGCCACCCUUAGACACAUGGAUAAAGGGUCUACCAGGAAAAAACUCCUGGCCUAUCAGGUGCUAUGUUGCAGUUCAGUUACUGGAAGUAUUUCCUCAGAAGUGUUUUUAGGGUUAAGGUACACAUUCUUGCAGCUUUACCUUCUGCCAAGUCACUGUUUAAGGGAAGCAGCAAUGAAUUACACUGUUCCCAUAGUCAAGGACAUUUUGUCCCACCAAGAACUACACCUACUUAAGGAGGUGCUGGAUGUCAAAGAUUUGGGUCAACCAUUAUGGGUGUUCAGAGGAGAGAUUGUUUCCAGUUCAAGACCGAGGGAAGAGGACACAGGAUGGAUAGCAGAGUCAUAGGGAGGAUUUUACACAAGACAUGUACACAUUAGUUAGUUGAGUAUAAAUAAAACAGAAAUGAAUGAGACACAAAGCCUUGAAUGCCAGAAAUACCAGUAGUUGUGUUGUGGAAGGAUGUAAAACUCAACUGGGAGUGGAAGAGAAAGGCAGCAGUGAGUCUAGGAGAUGUACAGUAGGUUGAGGUAAACAUAUCCUGAAGACUACUUAUAAUCCAAAGAUUAUUUUUGGUUUGAAUUUGUUUUGGUUUGAAUUCAUGGUAUCUGUUUUUUUUUUUUAAUGAAUGGUUGAGGAGGGUAGCUCGUAGAAUACAUUCUUACCAAAUCAGCAUUGAUU